CUUUGCUUAAGAACCGUACAAAUCACACAGUACACGACUACACGAUCAUUAAUUAAAUACGCACUGGUAUUCAACUGGCAAUCGAGUCAUGCACCUUAACCAUACGAUUGUUACAAAACAAAAUAAGAUAAUAUUAUAUAUUGUGACAGUCACAAGAGGCACAAGAAUAUUAUAUAUUGUGACAGUCACAAGAGGCACAAGAAGUAUAUAGUUAAGGAUUGAAAAUAAUAUAAUUAAGGAUUGAAAAUAGAAAUGGAGGAAAGCAGUAGAUAUUGCAAAGUUUGUGUUACUGGAGGUGCUGGAUUUAUUGGAUCGUCUCUCAUCAAAAUGCUCUUGGACAAGGGUCUGUACUAUGUUCAUGCCACACUCAGAAACCUGGGAGACCCAAUAAAAGUGAAGGUUUUGAAGAGUAUGGAAGGAGCAGACACAAGAUUGAAACUAUUUGAGGCAGACAUAUACAAUCCUCAACAGUUUGAGGUUGCUAUAAAAGAUUGCCAAUUUGUAUUUCAUAUUGCAACUCCUUUGAUGCACUCUCCAAACUCCCAAUACAAGGAUUUAAUCGAGGCAUCAAUAGGUGGUGUAAAGAGCAUAAUCACGUCUUGCAUAAGAUCAGGCACCGUGAGACGACUCAUCUAUACUGCCAGUGUGAUGGCCGCUUCACCUCUCAAAGAUGACGACACUGGUUUUAUGGAUUUUGUGGAUGAGAACUGUUGGACUCCUCUUCAUCUUCCUUUUGUUAAUUCCUCAAUCCAUAAGGUGCACGUAGAUCUACGUGCAGGCCCCUGCACUAUCCGCGCGUUGGCUAUAUGUAACUACGACUACAUAAUCUCAAAAACAGAAUCAGAGAAAGAAGUCUUGAGAUUUGGAGAAGAUGGAAAUAUGGAGGUAGUAACCCUGGUUUGUGGAUUGGUAGGAGGGGACACUUUACUUUCCUACACGCCUGCUACGACUGCAGUGUUAUUAUGUCAGAUUACAGAAAUCGAAUCACAGUAUUAUCAGACAUUCCGAUGUCUAGAGGAUUUGUGUGGGAAAAUCCCAAUUAUACAUAUUCAUGAUAUUUGUGAAGCACACAUUUUCUGCAUCCAGAAUGAUUCCAUUAAUGGAAGAGUCUUAUGUGCCAGCAACUAUGUUUCUUCUACUGAAAUUGCUGAAUGUUUAGAGCAAACUUACCCGGAAUUCCAUGUCAAACAAAUGUAUAAGGAAGGACCAAAGAGGACUAUAAGGUGGGGAUCAACAAAGUUAACAGACCAUGGUUUCAAUUACAAGUAUGAUAUGAAGAUGAUAUUAGAUGAUUGUGUCAAUUGCUCAAGGAGGUUAGAUGGAUUAUUUUCAUCAUAGACUCUACAUUUCAAGUUUUAUAAUCUUUGAAAUUUCUUAGUUUGUAACUUCAACAACUUCAAGUGUUACUGCUUGUGCAAAUAUUGGCAAACUGCCAUCCGAAGUGUCUCAGAUUUUGGAUCCCUUUUGUUUUUAUUAAGGAUAAUAUCAAGGAGAUGAGUAA